CUGAGAUCUACAUUACCGGCAGCUCUUGCGGUCGCUUGAAAAUUCAGUGUUCAGGAUAUCGGAGAAUGAAUAUAUUUGAAGCGUAAGACGGCUGCCAAUACGAACUAAAUUGAGGUGCAGUGCGUCCGACGUCAUGUUGUUUGCUGGGAUCUUGUGGUCCCUACUAGCCUGCUCCGGAUUCAGUCAAGCAAAGGAUGUUAUCGCGUCAAAGAGAGAUACAACGAUGGUGAACGUUCAGUCAGUUUACGACAGAUUCACAAAGCCAUCCCGUGGCAAGGCUACCUAUUAUGACAAAUACACCGGCGGCGGGGCAUGCGCACUAGACCCACUAUCACCGCUGUCUAGGGAGCCUGGUUGGGUUAGGAUCGCGGUGGGACAGGACGACUACCAGGGGUCCCUUGGGUGUGGCAUGUGCGUGGAGAUUACAGGGUCAGGGGAGCCCGCCAUUGCUGGGAGGAAGGGUAAUGCACCUGUCACCGGUACCAUCAAGGGCGUGGUUCAUGAUCUUUGCAGAACGUGCCAACAAGGAGACGUUGAUCUAUAUUUGCCCAUCGAUGACGACGGCGAAUAUAAGAUCCAGUUCAAGGCUGUUGAGUGCCCGACAGUUCAAGGGAGCCCGGGAAAGAUUCAGCUGAGAUUCACUGGAAGCAACGAGUACUGCUUCAAGCUGCAGGCCAGAAACACAAAGAUCCCUGUGGCAGGAAUGGAAGUCUUCAACACCGUAACAGGAGACUGGUACUGCUUGAAAAGGACAGAUGAUAACUACUUUUCCAGCGAAGGACUGGGGAAAGUUUCUAUCCCCAUGAAAGUGAGGCUAACAAGCGUGGCCAAUGAGCAGCUAGAAACGGUGGUGACGUCACUCAAGAACGACGAGAGCUUUCCGACAGAUGUGCAAUUUUCUGGACUAACAGUUGGUGACCCGAACAGCAUCCGGUGUUUUGGACAAGGAAACAUUCCUCCGGGCAAAGCAACUCCAGCUGAGGAUGAGAAGUUCUGCGCGGGAAAGACCGACGGGACAUACGCAGACCCAAAGGACUGCUCUGCCUAUUAUCAAUGCAAAAAGGGCCGUUCCUUCAAGAAGUUUUGCCCCGAUGGUCUUAAAUUCAACGCACUUAUCAAGAGCUGUGACGAGCCUUCUAAAGUGAACUGUGUCACCAAGCAAAGAGACGAGGAGGAGGAGGAGGAAAAAGUGAAGGAUGACGAGGAAGCAGACCUGAUGAACUACAAGAGGACGCGCAGAGGUGUCCCACGCAUCGUAGAGAGACAUAGAAGAGCGGCUGCAUCACAAAACAAACGAAGCGUAACACCCAAGCACCGUCACCACCACCACCACCAUCAUCAUCAUCACCGCCAUCAUCAUCACUCCGAUCACCAAGCCGUUAAGCGCAAAGAGGUCAGUGGUCACAAGUCUUCAGCAGAGAAGCGUGUUAAUGUCAAGGUCAAGGUCCAGUUCCAUGGAAACAAAGUCAAGAGCAUCAGCCAGGAUUUCAAUGCUCAUAAUCGGGAUGUCAAAAUUGCUAUGGAUACCCCUGAACAAGACGACAACAUCAUCGAGACCAAACUAAGCGGAGCAAGUACUGGGAACGGCAACAUGCUAAAGGCGCUCAUAAGUCAGGGGGGCAUCACCUCCUCAGAGCACGAGGAUGUCUCAGGGCUCGUACACAACAUGGAUGAUCCGAUCAGUUACGGGGCCGAUGGGAAAUUUGGUAAGAUGAUCCUUAAGAGCCGCAAGGGGAAUGGUCCAUUUAACACCGACCCAAUUCAGUCGUCAAGUGUAGGAGACAUGGACCGAAUUUCGGACACGGCCGAUAAUAAAGUCAGUGGAAGUAUGAUUGUAGAAGCACACAGAUUAAAUGAUGGAAGUGUUCACACGUCCACUACGAUUACCCCUGCUAGCGAACCGGACAUGCCUCAAAUUCAGAGAACAGACUCCAGUGUUCAACGGAUGGAGAGUAAUCAGGCACCAGUUCAGAACUUCGGUCAAGCUGCUGAAACAACACAAGGGAAAAGUGAAGGACAGCUAAGCAGCCCUCAACACAAUGAAGAACACCCUGAUCACCAAGGAGAAGACAGCAAUAAGGUAGAGCAGCUAAGCACCCCUCAACACCCCAUGCCCCACGCCCCAGAUGACCAUGACCACGGCCAGGGGUUAGAACAUGGUGAUAAGACUCCUCUCAAUACUCCACAAGAUCAUGAGUCCCAUCCCCCGGAUCACACCCAAGGUGCUGAUGGUGGCAGUGGGAACACCUCUCUCAACAGCCCUCAGCACCAUGAAUCCCAUCCUCCUGAUCACACCCAGGGAGCAGACAGUGGGGAAAAGACCUCGUCUGGUGCUGAAAAAACUGGAACGUCAACAAGUCAAGAAAGUCAGCCCGAAAAGGCAGAAAAUCAAACGCAGGGAAACUCAGAAGGAAAAGGAGACGCGGGUACUGGCUCAAAAGGCUCUGGGAAGAACAAACAAGACUUUAAGAUAAUGACCGAGUCAGAGAAUGGAGAAGGAAACAGCCAGGAAAGCAAUUCAGCAAAAGCUGAUAACCUAACGGCAGGUCAGAAGGGAAGCUCUGUUGAUGGCGGCCCUUCAGAGAAAGGAAAAGAUAGUUCAACCGAAAACAGUUCUGCUUCCCUUCAAGUUCUUCCUGCAGAAGGUGGUACAAGCAGCGGCUCAAUCGAGAAGCCUUCGGCUAGCGCUGAAGGAAAAGCCGCACCAGAGGAGUCUGGAAAACAGGAAUCACAGCAAGUGAAGGAUAAAGGGAAGGCAAACAGUGAUUCAAAGACAGAAAGUGCACCGAAAGAUGACAAGAAUAAAGAUAACUCCAAUAGACCUGAAAUUACCUUAAUAGGAGUUGGGUCACCGAUAACAGAGAUAGAAAACAAGGAUGGCGGAAAAACUGUCGCUAACAGUGAGCCUAGCGUUGUGCCUUCUGCACCAGUAAACACCCACAAAGAAGGGGAUAAUGAACAAAAUGGCUUAUCUAAGACAGAUGGAAGCAAGGUAACACCCGUAGCUCAACAAGGAAACGCAGGCGACCAAAGUUCAUCGCAAAACUAUGCAAAAGAAGCUACAAAAGCCGAAGAUGCAAGCGUAGCAAAUGGUCAAGCCAACUUGGCCAAGAGUGUAGACGAUGCAGAGCCACAAAGUACAACAACAAACACUCAAGUCACAUCAGAAAGCGGCAACACUCAGUCUACAAGCACAUCUAAUGUGUCAGGCUCAUCUGCUGGGGGAACUAGCAGCGCGAGCAGUGAAACUACUAUCACUCUCAGCUCUCAGGGGAAGAAAGAAGAUGAGCACAAUAAAGGCAGCUCUUCAGAUGGCCAAACACCAAGCACUGAGUCAGUUGAGAUGCUUAUCAAAUCGCCAAGGAACUUCAUCCGUCAGUUUAACGGAAUGGACAGCAGAUAUGGAUACCAGGAUACUUUGCCGAUGAGAGGCAGUGAGGCGUUUGACAGCAACGGCAACAUAAAAACAAGCUCACCGAUGAUAUCCGAGGACGACGCAAGUCACCUGCUUGACAACGAUAACAAGUUGAUGGACAACGGUGCCGUCCAGAACGAGUUAUUUAAUCCUGCUUUUGGCAACGAGAAGCACCCAAAGGAAAUGGAACAGACAAUCAAUGGAGUCCCGAAAGUCACCAAGGAUGAUGAGAGUGACGUCCAAGGUGAAGCAGAGGCUGUACUUGGCGACAACACCAAUCCUGCCCCGCAGCAGGCCCCGCCCCCAAAACUAAACACCCACCCUGCAAUUGGCCAUCCAAGUCAGGCUGUCAAAACAAAGGGUGCGAGUGUCUCAAAUUACAUGCCCGACGGGGGAUACAUGGGUAACCCUAUGGCGGACUCUAUGGGUGGGAUGGACAAUGACUAUGAUGAUUACAUGGGGGAAGGGGGGUACAUGCCGAUGCAUGGUGGGAUGGGUGGAAUGGGAAUGGGACGUAUGAGAAUGAGACCGAUGGGCAUGAUGAAUCAGAUGAACGGAGGCAUGAUGGGAAACGGAGGCAUGAUGGGAAACGGAGGCAUGAUGGGUAAUGGAGGAGGCAUGAUGGGAAAUGGAGGUGCGAUGAUGAAUGAUGGAAAUGGAGGAAUGGCCCAGAUGGCGGGAAUGCAGCAAAUGAACGGAAUGAGCGGAAACCAAGGGUCGCAGCAGCAAAUGAAUCCAAUGGCGAUGAUGAACGACAUGUUCAAGCAGAAGUUUAUGGAGGCGCAAGAGAAGGCAAUGAAGGAAAUGGCGGAAGGGAAAAGUGAGGAGAGUAGUGGAGAAUCGGACAAGCAAGCGGACAUGGUCAAGACAGAACAAGGGUCCGGCAGUGGUGAAGUACAAAAAAUGCCUCCGGGAGAUCUCCGUAUCCUUGGUGACAUAAGCACCAAGACCCCAGAUUCAAGCGAGGAACCCAAGCAAAAGAACAUGGCAGCUAGCGAUGCAGCCAAAAACAAGCAAGAAGUCAUGGAUAAAAGCGAGGCAUCCAAUGGCAAACAAAAAGACAAGAGUUUAAGCGAAGCUUCCAAAGUCAAGGAAAAGGACAUGCCAUCAAAUACAAAAUUAUCUAGCGAGCCUGCAACGAAUAACAAUGGACAAGCUUUGUCCUCAAAUUUCUGCAAAGUCAAGACAAGCGGAGUAUACGCCGACGAGAAAAACCCGAGCAAAUUCGUCAUCUGCUACAACGGCGUGAGGGAAGAGCGAGAGUGCGCCAAGGGCCUGGUGUUCAAUCCCAAGGAGAAGAUCUGCGAACAACCUGACCAGCGGUACACCAAGCCAAAAAAGGUAGGACGCAAAAGCAAGCUUGUGGAAAAUGCACAGGAGCCGUCCCACAUGGCAGAGAGAAUGAAAGAGUUCUUCAAGAUUGCAAAGCGAGAAAAGCGCCCCGCUCAUUAACACUUGCUUAUUUUAAAGAGCGGUGAUGGAAAAUAAACAAACUGUUGUUAAGCCAAGAAUGAUCAAAUCUAAACUUAAGUGUAGCAAAAUAUCUAACAAUACUGGGGUUUUGCCUUCAAUGUGUGAGAGCUUCAAAGAUUCCUUAAUCUAGGAAAAUAAAGUCCGAAUAAAAUCAGUUUAAACGCGA